AGAAACCCUAAAAAUCUAGCUCUCGAUUUGUAUGCUACUGUUUUUGUGUCAGUGGUGAGGGAAAAAGAGAGUACGGAUUAUAUAUAUAGGAGUAAAUGUUGUGUGCUGAUUGGUGGAAUUGAUGGGCACAAGGAUUGCCAGCUUGGAAGUGGGCCUACAUGUUUUGAGAAUUGCGCGGGAGAUUAGUCUAGAAUGGCACUGUUUCGUAAAUUUGUAAUUAGGGGUAAAUUUAUGCACAAGAACAUACAGUAUUACCAUACAAAUUGAGAGCUAGAUUUCUAGGGUUUUUGUUUUAUCUGGAAAAACAAUGAGUUCCGGCGGCGGAUCAGGAAAUGGUGGUGCCAGUACGGGGAAGCCAAAGGCAACAAAAUCUGUGCCUAGGUCUUCAAAGGCGAGUCUCCAUUUCCCCGUAGGUAGGAUAUCACGUUUCCUGAAAAAUGGAAAAUAUGCUGAAUGUGUUGGAGCUGGUGCACCAGUUUAUUUGGCUGCUGUCCUUGAUUACCUCGCCGCAGAGGUGUUGGAGUUGGCUGGAAAUGCAGCAAGGGAUAACAAAAAGAAUCGUAUAGUGCCAAGGCACAUUCAGAUGGCUGUGAGGAAUGACGAGGAGCUGAGCAAGCUUUUGGGUAAUGUUACAAUUGCUAAUGGAGGUGUCUCGCCCAAUAUUCACCAGAAUCUGUUACCUAGAAAGGAGGCUGGCUCAGGCAAGGGAGAUAUCGGCUCUGCAUCUCAAGAGUUUUAGAAUUAAUCAACUCUUAGUUUUGAAGUCAACUGAAGUGAACAAGUCAUAGCUAUGUAAUAUAGAAUUGGCUUUUGUUUUGAGAAUUUUGAAUUCAAUGGCUCUGUCAAUUUAAUGUUUUGAUAUACAAUUGGGGAAGUUCUUUUGAAUGGAAUUGGAUGAACUUUUUUGGCUA